GAAACGAGCGAACUCCCUCUUUAGUACCUCUUCCGGCGCCAUCGCUCAUUCCGAACUGGCGCCGAUUUCUGACUCCAACCUGCAGGUCAGUCUGGAAAGUAUGGAGCGCGUCGAACGUCUAGUUCGCACAUGGGUUGCCUCUGGUAGACCAGAGGAGGUCCAAGAAACCGUCUCAGUGAUCUCUGCAGGGAAUACCUCGCUCCUGGAACUUGUCAAAGCAUUGGGCGAGUAUCUCACGGCAGAGGAGGGCGAACUACGUAGUAAAGGUGUCGAAUUCUUGUCUCAGGUGACUGCACAAUGUCCGACGAACAGGAUGAACCGUCAGUCCGUCAAGGUCCUCGUGCACUUUAUGUGCUCAAAGCUAGAGGAUACCGAGACGAUCGUCCCAGCCCUGAAAGGCUUGAUGUCUCUCGUUACCCAGCCUGCGUUUACAUCCUCAGAUGCGGUCGAUGUGGUGGAAUCCAUGUUCGCCCAUGUCAAGAUGCGGGUGUUGGGUCAGUCCCAGAGGUUUACGGUGUACACAAUCAUCGAUUCGCUAGUUGCUAAACACAGAGAAGCGCUGAAAAAGCUGGGAGCCGAAUUCCUGGAUGGAUACGUUGGCCUCGCAGAGGGUGAAAAAGACCCGCGAAACCUGCUAGUUGCCUUCGCCAUCGCCCGUGUCCUAGUUAUCGAGUUUGACAUCAAGCAGCAUAUUGAGGCGCUCUUCAACAUUACCUUCUGCUACUUCCCAAUUACCUUCAGACCUCCACCGGACGAUCCAUAUAGUAUAACCUCAGACGACCUGAAGAAAGCACUUAGAGAGUGUCUCAAUGCUACCCCCGAAUUUGGACCUCUUGCUAUCCCCCUUUUCCUGGAGAAGCUUACCGCCGGAUCGCCUACAACAAAGCGAGACACGCUACAAACUCUGGAUGCCUGUCUUCCUGUGUAUGGCGCAUUCGUCGCUCGAGAGAAUGCGCGGAAGCUCUGGAACACUUUAAAGCUCGAAAUUUUUCAACCUACUGACAUUGAAACAGAGACAGCGGCUCUGCAUACAGUACAAGUGUUGAUACAGACUAUAUAUAGCGGGGUAGGAGCCAAGGCGACUGAAGACGAGGAGAUCCAAGGUCUCGCGCGCGACGCGUGUGAAGAAUGUAUUCGCAUUCUCAAGGAGCCAGAGAAAAGCCAGGCAAAGCCGGCCAUGAAGGUACUCUGCGCCUUUAUUUCCACGACCCCCUCUGUUUCAAGGUUCACCCUCAGCCAGGCUGUCCCUCACCUCGUCAAGCUUUUCCUGGACCCCGACGAAGUCCAGAACCGUGCGCCAACCGUGCGCCUGCUCUCCGACCUAAUCGACGCAGCGCGCCAGUUUGCGCAGGAAGGCGAGCAGGCGGCGUUCACGCCGUACAAGGACGAAGUGCUUGGCGUGCUCACGGUCGGUCUGAAGAACUCUUCGGCCUGUGUUCACGCCCUCGAUGGCUUGCGGGGCGCAGCGACCACGCCAGGCCUGCUCGCAGACGAGGAGCGCGGGUUCGUCGUUCACAACGUUAACGAGCUCUUCGCGAAGGACGUCACCGAGAUAAGCGAUGAUAUCAGCGACAAGAUUCUUGAGCUGCUGACCGCCGUCUCCGCAAGCACGCCGCGGCACAUCUCGCAGACGACGCUCCCGCUGCUCUUCGCGGCCCUCCCAGACACGGCGCCGGCGCGCACAGCCGAGGCGGCGCGCCUAGCAUACUGGACGACGCUCGCGUUCCUCAAGCGACUCUGCGUACAGAGCGACCUCUUCGAGACGCUCGUCGUGCGCCUCACGACGAAGCUCGAUCUUGUCUGCGACUCGCGCGCCGGGCCUACGGGCGAGGGAGCAGAGGCGGAGGAGGCGGAGCCUGCUGCGGCGUACGCGCACUCGCUCCUCCGCACGCUCGCGGACGUGCUCACGAUCAAGGCGCAGCGCGGCGACACGGACAUGCAGAAGUACGUCGAGCGUCUGCUGCCACGCCUGUUCAACUUGCACGUAUACUCUGCGCUCGUCUCGGACGGGGACUACCUCGUGGCCACCGAUCCGAGGCUCGUCUCAGUGUCGUCUGAGAUCGUCUCGCUCGUGUUGCAGACUGCGCCUGUUCAGAAGCAGGAACAGUUUUCUAAGGCGCUGUUCGCAGCUUACAUGGACGGGCAGCUGCAGGGCAUCGCGGAAGGGCAGCACAAAAUUCCAGAGGGCCGGCCGUUCUCGCCAUUUGCAUCGGACGCGGUGAGCCUGCAGAAGAAUCUCGUCCUCCUCUUCUCGGCUGCUAUAGUGUCUCUUCACAAAGGAGUUGCUCUUCCUGUGCCUGACGAGAGCGCCUUCGUCGAUAAGCUCUUGCAAUGGAGCAUCUUCGACGCCGAUAACAAGAUCCAGAGCGAUGCUGGCGAGCGCGCAGUUGCGGCUGUGCUCAACAAGAGGGUCGAAGGUUUCGAGGUGUUCCUUUCGCAGAAACUGGAGAGCAAUUGGUUGGCACGGGCGAAGGAUGUCAAUCUGGCUCUGCCGAUUCGCAGGCGCAUUGUCUCUGCAUGGACAUGGAUGACCAAGGCGCUGCAAGUCCGCGGGCAUCCUUCCGCCCAAAACUUCACCGACCACCUCGUAGUGUUGUUCGACGACGACGACAUCGGCUGGGACGCUGCGCGGGCCAUCGGCCAGGUCGUUAGCACAGACAAGACCCUGAGUAAGAAGAACCACACCGUAAUAAAGUUCCUGUAUACACAGAAAUUCGCGAAUGCCAUGCUCCCUCGCAUUAUCGAAGGCGCAAAGACGACAUCUGACUCUCGCAGGCAGAACGCGUACCUCGUGGCGUUAACUUCGCUGAUCAAGUCGAUCCCAAAAACGACAUACCUGCACGAGCUGCCCUCAUUGAUGCCGCUUCUCCUGCGCGGCCUCGACCUGCCCGACGCCGAGAUGCGCGCGAACGCGAUCAACACGCUCCUCGCGGUCGCCGACUCGGCGUCGGCGACGAGCAAUAGCAUUGUCGCGGAACAUGCGUCGAGCCUCGUCGCCACGUUGCUCAAGAACAGCAUGGUGCAGCAGAUGCCCUCGGUCCCUGUACGCAUGGCGGCGUUGCGUUAUCUGGCUGUUAUGCCCAGCCUCGUUAAGUAUGAUGUCCUACAUCCUCAGAAAGCGACUGUCCUCCGCGAGUUGGCGAAAGCAUUGGACGACCCGAAGCGAGGCGUUCGCAAGGAAGCGGUUGAAGCUAGAACGAGCUGGUUCAAGUACACGGGCUGAACAUGCUCUGGAAAGAAUAAAAUGCUGUACAAUGAGAAUGCAAUGUAUAAUGCCAACAUUCGUCUUCGGUCAAGACUGAUGUAAGUGUCGAUAGUGAUUGAGAAUAUGAGGGUAUGACAAGGAGAUAGACACGACGCUCUAUAGAUAGCCGGUGAGUGGCGGAUUAUGUAGAGUACAGCGCUGAGACGAUGGCUCGUGGUGCAUCGCGCAGGGGUGGUGAGAUGGCGAUUCCUAGACUCUGUGAUGUGUGCGCGAAAGCAUGGGACACCAAAAGAAACAAGAUACGAACGAAAUACGAGAUAAAAAUCCAACAACCAGCGGGCACGCUACCUGGUGUACACACGUGGCAUCUUACACACAGCUGCGCCUUUAUGGUACAGCUGCCAUGAUCGUUUGCACCCGCACCGUCGCAUCCGACAGUGUCUGUGCGAAAGCGUCCAGGUGGGCUUGCACGAUUUUCCGGCCGUCCGCCCGUGCACGGCUGCUCCGCGUCGGGGUCCCUGGUGGAGACAGCACGACCAGGGCCCCGUCCCCGGAUUCUACCAUGCCUGCUUCCCACCGCUCAAUCCUCACCCGACUUCGCUCUGCGCCCUCCCAAUCUGAUCGCCACUCGCCCAGCUUAUUCUUCAGCGCGCGGAUCUUCCUACCGGCUUCAGUCGCUGCUGCGGUAUUCACUUGUGUUUGUUCUGAGAUAGUCACAAGCGAGGUAGCGACGGUCGCCGUAACGGUGCGGAAGUGUGCCAGUUGGACCGUGGUGACUGCUGGAGUUGGCGGGCCGGACAAUGGAGGGGGAGGAGGUAUCGUUUUGGGAUCUGGCGGCGGGUCGAAUUCGUCUACUUCAUCUUCGAGCCGUGCUCUAUCUCUAUCAAGCUCUGCCUCCCAAUCAGAGGUGCUCGCCUGCAUCGGCUCUUCUUGUAUUGCGUCUAACGAGUUGCGACGGAGAUCUUGUGGCUCGACCCGCUCUUGCGGUUUCGGCUCUUCUAUGAGGUUAUCGAGCUCGUCUAGCUGGCCAAGUGCAUCGUUACCCCCAACCUCGCCCGCUAUCCGCCUGAACUCGCGUUCGUACUCGAGCAGCUCGCGCACUUGCCCUUCGCGUUCGCGCGCCGUAUCGUCCAAUCGCCUGAUGACGUCCGAGGCAAAGCCCUCGAGGACAGGCUGUCCACCAGGUUCGACAUCCAGCCGACGCAGCUGCGUCAGGAACCGCUCCGUCGACUCGAGAUCCUCCGCGAAUGUCGUCAUGGGGUCCUGCUCGGGCAUUCGCGCCUGCCGCUGAGGCUUUGUCGGUGACUCGAACGCAGGAUCGAGAUCUGCUGAGGGCUCAUGGUCCGCGUCGUGCGACGACGGCUCUGACGAUGGUUCGUGCGGCAUGCCACCGAACGCAUCCUCUAGCGUGUCUAGUGUCGCGGGCAACCCGUCCGGCUCGUCCGUUGGCGCAGACGCGGAUUGGUCUAUGCCUUCUGCACCUUCAUCGUACUCCAAUCCCAGCUCCUCCGCCAGUUCCCGCGAGCCACCUGGCCCUCCCUCCCCCGCCAACGCCGUCGCGAGCUCGUACGCAAGAGAGCUUACACCAUUGCUCGCUUCGCCGUCGAGACUUUGCGCGAGACUCGAGCCACGCACGGAUCCUGAUGGUGACUUCCGGCCAUUCAAAGCCUUGCGCUGUGGACCUUUCUUGUGGAGUCGUGAGCUGGGAGAUGAGAAGACGUCGUCGUCGUAAAGUGUGGUCAUCAGAAAGAGAAAGAGCGUGAAUGAAAGUUGGUAGCAACGGCCGAUGGUCCUGGUUAAAGGGAAGCUGUAAUUGGGCGCUAAACCCGCGUUGCCACUGUAGCAGCGAGCACCGCAACCUUGUGUCAUGCCCACAGGUACGGGCUUUCCGUGCAGAUUACCGACGAAAACAAAAAUGAGAUUAAUACAAUGUGAAUCAUCUGUGCACAUAAACUAUGAUACCCAAGACCAGCAUGAGGAGACAUGUAGUAGUAUUAUCCAAGCCUUCAGAGGCAUUAUGAGGUGUAGACGGCAAACGGAAGGACGGGCGGAGGGUUCUCUUGGUUGUCGAGCUGUGCAAAGCGUCUGUAUAAAUGAUGUCAGCUUAUGGUGCCCUUUGACCAUGGCGGCACGAUGACCGACCUAAAGCGCUGCAUAUCGACCUAUGGCGAGAACGACCGAGGUGAGUGCGCGAGAUGCGUAUCGAGGAUGAGAAAUGCAACUGACCGUCGAUUUGAACACCAUAAAGAAGUGCUUAUAGUCGUGCGUGUCGACAGCUUCGCAGUUGUCGCAAAGAUCUUUACCACAGUAUACGCAACGGAACCAUUCGCCACUUAUGCGCUCCAUACACCGAUCGCAUACAGCAGAUGUGUGCCGGACAUCGCGAAGGUAUUCUGAAAGAUAGAAAGUUA